CGGAGCUCCUCCCCAAGAUUCAGCCCACUCUGCAUUGCAUCACCCAGCGACCCGUUCCCAGCCGUUAGUCACGCUCAUUCUCGGCGCUGGGACGCAAGAGCUCCUCAAGAUGUUACCCCUCGGCCUCCUCAACGCGGCGCAAGGCCACCCCAUGCUGGUCGAGCUCAAGAAUGGCGAGACGCUCAACGGCCACCUCGUACAGUGCGAUACGUGGAUGAACCUCACGCUGCGCGAGGUCGUGCAGACCAGUCCGGAGGGCGAUAAAUUCAUGCGGCUGCCAGAGGUUUACGUCAAGGGGAAUAAUAUCAAGUACCUGCGCGUCCCGGACGAGAUCAUCGACCAUGUGAAGGAGCAACAGAGCCAGCAGGGCGGCUACCGCGGGGGCCGCGGCGGCGGCGGACAAGGGAGGGGAGACCACGGCGGUCGGGGUGGUGAUAAGGGCCGCGGCGGGAGAGGACGAGGAGGAGGAAGAGGCGGAAGGGGUAGGGGUUCAUGAGCAUGCGUACGGGAUGUGGCGUUGUCGGAUGGUUUAGGGUACGGGUGAAGAAGAAUCUUGUGAAAGCAGCCGAUUGGCACGGACAGACACCUUUGCAAAACCAAAGAGGAGGUCUGUUUGCAAAGACGGAGAAGGAGGGGAGUGAGCCGGGAAAGCCGUCUUCCCUCGGUCGUCGGCAGGUGAUGCGAAGGAGUGGCGCUGGUUUGGUUCGGUGGCGGCGCGGGAAGAUUGUGAAGCGCCCGCUUUAGGGCUCUGGAACGGCGCUGCGCAUGUGUCGCAGCUGACGAGAGACCACAUAUACCUUCAAGGAGCAAAACGAUUACGAGAGUAGGGGAUGAUGCAUGAAUCUACAUAGUAGGUCCUCGACGUCUGCUGCCCACGUGACCUGCGGUUGUUG